AGAUUUGAGAAACACCAUUAAAAUUGUUGAUAUUUAUCUACAGAUAGACAUGGAACAGAUGUGAGUAAGCUUGAAGUCUGAAGUUGCUACUUUCUCAGCAUUUCUUUCUCACGAACUUCGUCACUCACUCUCCAUCUCUGUCUGAUCUCCCGAGUGGAGAAAGAUGGCCGGCUUGAAAUCUCAGAAAAAGGUUCUGAUAAUCUGUGGCGAUUACAUGGAAGACUAUGAGGCGAUGGUACCCUUUCAGGCAUUGCAAGCUUAUGGUAUUUCUGUUGAUGCUGCCUGCCCUGGAAAGAAAGCUGGUGAUAUAUGCCGUACCGCUGUUCAUCAGAGUUCUGGCCACCAGACCUAUUCUGAGUCUAAAGGUCAUAAUUUCGCGCUUAAUGCAACAUUUGAUGAGAUUGACGUAACCAAAUAUGAUGGGCUGGUUAUACCAGGAGGACGGGCUCCAGAAUAUCUUGCAAUGGAGGAAUCUGUUGUAACUUUAGUGAGAAAAUUCUCUGACUCUGGAAAACCAGUUGCUUCCAUUUGCCAUGGACAACUGAUCUUGGCAGCUGCAGGCUUAGUGAAAGACCGGAAGUGCACAGCGUACCCUCCUGUGAAGCCAGUACUAGUAGCUGCUGGAUCUCAUUGGGUAGAACCGGAGACCAUGAUGGCAUGUGUAGCAGAUGGUAGUCUCAUAACUGCAGCAACUUAUGAAGGGCAUCCUGAGUUUAUCAGGCUUUUUGUGAAGGCUCUUGGAGGCACCAUAACUGGCUCAAAUAAACGGAUUCUGUUUAUUUGUGGGGAUUAUAUGGAGGAUUAUGAAGUAAUGGUUCCGUUUCAGUCUCUUCAAGCUCUUGGAUGCCAUGUAGAUGCAGUAUGCCCAAAAAAAGGGGCAGGUGAUAAGUGUCCAACAGCUAUCCAUGAUUUUGAAGGUGAUCAGACAUACAGCGAGAAGCCAGGCCAUGAUUUCACCCUGACAGCUAGCUUUGAAGGCUUGGAUGUGACAAGCUAUGAUGCCCUCGUGAUCCCUGGAGGCCGAGCACCUGAGUACCUUGCACUGGAUGAGAAAGUACUUGCUUUGGUGAAAUACUUCAUGGAGGCAGGGAAGCCAGUUGCAUCCAUAUGCCAUGGACAGCAGAUUCUAUCUGCUGCUGGUGUUCUCAAGGGGAAGAAAUGCACUGCUUACCCUGCUGUGAAACUCAAUGUAGUCUUGGGUGGAGGAACAUGGCUAGAGCCAAAUCCAAUAGAUCGUUGCUUCACUGAUGGAAAUUUAGUGACUGGAGCUGCAUGGCCUGCGCAUCCUGAGUUCGUCUCUCAGUUCAUGGCAUUGCUUGGCAUAAAUAUAUCUUUCUAGUAUCAUGAAACAAAUUGCAAACAUGUCUCUGUAAAAUUUUCAUCAGUCUAUGAGAGUCGCGGUGCUAUCCUGAACUAUGUAUUUUGAGUGUUGCUAUUUUGGUUGGAGCAUCAAAUCUAUGUAGGUGUACAUUUGUUGGGGUGUAAUUAUCUGGAAGGAUGAUCUUGCUAUCUUUGUAGCUUUAUAGUUCAUGUAUUACAAUUAUAAUCACAUGUUGAACAAAAGGAACAUUUCUAUAUGUAUUGUCCUUAAAAUUUUGUCUUCUA